UGUCUCAAUUUGCUUUUCACUAUUUCCCUGGGACUUGUUUUCUGCCUUUGCUGCUGUUUGUUCACUGUUCUCCAGAGAAGAUCCCGCAAAGAGUUACACUUCGGCGGCACGUGACCCGGAAGCUCGGAGGCAGCGCCCAGCUUCGGGUUUGGGCCCCGUCGCUCCCGCCACGCCGCCCCACCGGACUACAUUUCCCAGGUGCCCCUGCGCGGCAGGGCGGUCCCGGGACUCAGCCGCCGGUUGGGACGUGCAGUCUGAGGUACACAGAGGAGUGCAAUGGCCGUGUGGAGCGAGCGUCUGGCUGGCGUGCGCGGGGUGCUGCUCGAUAUCUCGGGUGUGCUGUACGACUUCGGACCAGGGGGUGGCACGCCGAUCCCCGGCUCCGUGGAGGCGGUGGCGAGACUGAAGCGGUCGCACCUGAAGGUGAGAUUCUGUACCAACGAGUCACAGAAAUCUCGGGGAGAGCUAGUGAGGCUGCUCCGGCGGCUAGGAUUUGACAUCUCUGAGGAUGAGGUGACCUCCCCAGCCCCAGCCACCUGCCAGGUCCUGAAGGAGCGAGGCCUUCGGCCACACCUGCUCAUCCAUGAAGGACUCCGCUCAGAAUUUGACGAGAUCGACAUGUCCAACCCAAACUGUGUUGUAAUCGCCGAUGCGGGAGAAGGCUUUUCUUAUCAAAACAUGAACAAAGCCUUUCAGGUGCUCAUGGAACUGGAAAAUCCUGUGCUCAUAUCCCUGGGGAAAGGACGCUAUUACAAGGAGACCUCCGGCCUGAUGCUGGAUGUUGGUCCCUACAUGAAGGCGCUCGAGUAUGCCUGUGGUGUGGAAGCCGAAGUGGUGGGGAAACCUUCUCCGGAGUUCUUCAGUGCUGCCCUGCGAGCCAUCGGGGUGGAAGCCCACCAGGCCAUCAUGAUUGGGGACGAUAUCGUGGGUGAUGUCGGCGGUGCCCAGCGGUGUGGAAUGAGAGCGCUGCAGGUGCGGACCGGGAAGUUCAGGUCCACAGACGAGCACCAUCCGGAAGUGAAGGCUGACGGGUACGUGGACAACCUCGCAGAGGCCGUGGCCCUGCUGCUGCAGCACACGGACAAGUGAUGGGCCUCUAGGGAGGGCCCAGCCUCCUCCUACCCUGCCUGUCCUCCACUUGUCCCAGUGCCCAACUACCCUGGGCCCCGACAGCCCUGCCCUCUACCUUCUGCCCCCUGCCCCACACAGGCAGGUGAGGGCCCUUCUGGGCUGCUUUGCCCUCAUCUGAGCAGCUGGCUCCUUCUGCCUUCCUCUGCUGGCCCCAGGCCUCCCAGGGAGGCUUACCUCCUUCCCUGCUCCCCUGCCUGGACCCUGACCACAGCUCCCUGUAGUGAGGUCCAGACCGUAGGACAGACCAGUCAGCCUCUGGUGGGUGGACACCCUCUGGGCAUGGGCUGGAAGGUGCCUCUGAGAAUGUCCUGGAUCCCUGAAUUCACUCCCCAUUUGCACUGAUCCUGGAGUGCAGUCACCUCCACGUAAGUGGAUUCAGAGGCCUCAUGCCCACUGCCUCUCCUUCAGUGAGGAGCCUGGAGAAAACCCAGGGCCACUCAUGCACAGACAUGCCACAGCCCAGUGCCAAGCCAGCCUCCUUGGCACUGCCCAGGCCCCCUAUCCACCCCAGCCCCCCACAAAGACAGGGGACAGCUCCUAGGGCACUGUGAAGACUAUGGUCCCACAGAGCAGGGUUAACCCCUGCAUUCAGGCUGGCAGGUACAUAGGGCGCUUCCUGGAGCUUGGAAGACAUGGGGCCCAGCACAUAUAGGAGCAGAUUAACAAUUCAAUAAACUGCCUUGAACAGCAGCCUUUGACUCGGGCUUUGACUGCUGGGAAGAACCACGUGGUGGAGGCCACAAGCAAGAGUCCUGGGUACUGUCCC